AUGCUCCCAUCUCCAUCAUCGGACGCUAUCCUCGCAGCCAAGCCCACGCCAAACAUCUCCGCCUCGGAUGCGGUCUUGCACAUCCACAGCGCCGCACUGGUCAAUGCCGCACCCCAAGAUGUCUGGAAUACUUUGAUCGAUACUUCUACUUGGCCAUCCUGGAAUACUUUCAUCCCCCGAGUUACCAUCCGCGAACAGCCGUCUGAAUCACAGCUCUCUUCCUCAGAUGCGCUUUCUCCGGUUCUGCAACGCGGGACGAAAAUGACCUUCCAUGUUCGCAUGAAUCCAUCGUCUACCCAGCCUACGGGCGAGCAAGAGGUGCCCCUGGUGGUCACGGAGUUUGACCCUCCAGACUCGGCCGCUCAGAGACCUGGUCGGAUUGUCUGGGCCAGCGACGCCACCGCCAAAGGCGGCAUUCCCGCGUUUCUGUUAACCGCGGAGAGGGUCCACGAAGUGGAGGAGGUAAUGGUGGACGGAGAAGGAGGACCAGCGAGACGCGUUACUGAAGUACGAAACUGGGAGGCACAGGUCGGAUAUUUGGUCUAUGUGGUCAGAUGGAUGUAUGGAAUGCAGUUGAAGAAGAACUUUGAAACGUGGGUGCGGGAUUUGAAACAGGAUGUUGAGAAAUAG